UUUUGUGCAGGGUUAGACAAUGAUGUGUUGUACAUUACCAUAGUUGUUAAAUAAUGAGGCGGUCGGGUGCCCCCAGUCGUCUCAAUCCAGCGAAACGAUUCUGUGUUCCGUACAAGACGAACUGCGAAACACUUUCAACUACCAGCAAGCUUACUACACAGAAUCUACAAGUACGUGAAGAAGAAAAUAAUAGUCUCGACAAGUGUGAACCACAAGAUGUCAAAUCAAUUAUCCCAGUUCCUGACAUCAAGGAAGAGUCACCAUGUACACCUAGAGGAAACAUCUCAAAAUUCCGUCGGCCAAUGACAAACAUUAACCGUUCUAACACACCUGUACAUAACACUAACAGUUCCAGUGGUGAUGAAGGCGCAAGUGCAAAAAGCACAUGUUCAACCAAGAAAUAUUUCAGUGUUGUUUGGGGCAAGCUUUCAAAAAAAAAGCAUAAGAAAUGGGAAGGAGAUGCAGUACUUGUAAUCUGUGGACGCAGUGUCACACUCUUUGACAUGGAGAGCAAGGAAAUAGGAAAAGGAGCAGGUUAUAAGAUGGCCGACUUAGAAAAUUUGAAAGAAGAUGAGACACUUAUUGUUGGUGGUAAAGAAAUUCAGGUAAUGUCUUCAGUAACUGAGGAGCAGUUCAUGUCUGGAACGUGUUUCUCUGGAGGAAGUCCAACCACCAGACCAGAACAAUCAGUGGUCACUAGUGUCAAAAAGGCUUAUGUUGACCCACAGAAAAAACCCAGUGAUGGAAUAUUGAUAGCAAAAAAGCUGAAUUCAACCUUCCAACAUGAGUCGGUGAAUUUUCGUUCGAGCCCAAGACACGAUCCCUCGGCUCCCGGAGCUCUUGUGAUGCCCAAACCAAGUCCCAGUCACCAGUGGCUGUACAACAAACAGAAACUGCCUGUGCUUGAUGUCGUGGUUGAUCCAUAUUUAUCCUGUCACCUGCGACCACACCAGCGGGAAGGAGUGGUUUUCCUCUACGAGUGCAUCAUGGGAAUGCAGCAAACCUGUGGCCUUGGAGCUAUAUUAGCUGAUGACAUGGGACUGGGGAAGACAUUGCAGUGUAUUACAGUGCUAUGGACACUGUUGAAGCAGGGACCAUAUGGAGGAAAACCGAUGUUAAAGCGAGUUUUGGUCAUUACUCCAGGCAGUUUGGUCAAGAACUGGCUUGCCGAGUUUCAAAAGUGGCUGGGUAGUGAAAGACUGAAUGUGUUUGGUGUUUGUUCUGAUAACAGAGUGGAGGAAUAUGUUAAAACUGCUAUUUAUCCCGUUUUGGUUAUUUCCUACGAAAUGUUUGUCAGAGCCUCUGAGAUCCUGAAAGCCACGAAGUUUGAUAUUGUUGUGUGUGAUGAAGGUCAUCGACUGAAAAACUCGGCUAUUAAAACCACAGCUAUAAUUGGAAACUUGGCCAUCAGCAGGAGGGUUGUUCUGACUGGCACACCAAUACAGAAUGAUUUGAAAGAAUUCUUCUCCAUCAUCGAAUUCUGUAAUCCAGGAAUCCUUGGUUCAAGUGCUUCAUUUCGUCGUGUGUUUGAAGACCCCAUUGUGGCCUCGCGUCAACCUGGGGCAAGUCAAGAGGUGGUAACCCUAGGCCAGGAACGUGGAGCAGAACUAACAAAGCUGACAAAAGCGUUCAUUCUGAGACGAACACAGGACAUCAACAACAAAUACCUACCUCCUAAAGUUGAACUGGUGUUGUUCUGUAAGCCGAGCAACCUCCAGCUCCAACUGUACAGGAGAACGCUGCACAGUCAGGUGAUCCGGAGCUGUCUGUGUGGAACCAUGGAUGGCUCCCCGCAUCUCGUGUGUAUUGGGGCACUCAAACAACUCUGUAACCAUCCCGGCCUCGUCUGGAACAAAGCUGUCGAUGCUGCUGGAAAUGGAAAGGAGAGUGUGUAUUCAGGACUGCGUGCACUCUACCCAGCUGAUUUUUGUUCUGAUGUGUUAGCUGUUGAAGAUUCGGGCAAACUGGCCGUUCUGACCAUUCUUCUUAAAAAUAUCCAUUCCAGUGGAGAGAAAACUGUUCUCGUCUCCAAUCACACUAAGACCUUGGACAUAUUGGAGAAAUUCUGCAUCAAAGACGGCUACCAGUUUGUUCGUUUGGAUGGUCAGACCCCUACAACCCAGAGACAGGACAUCGUCAACAAAUUCAACAACAAAUAUUCCGACCACAGUAUUUUUCUGUUGAGCACCAAGGCUGGUGGAGUUGGACUCAAUUUAGUUGGGGCAUCAAGACUCAUCCUUUACGAUAUUGAUUGGAAUCCAGCUAAUGACUUGCAGGCGAUGGCCAGAGUGUGGCGCGAUGGUCAGAAAAAGAAAGUGUAUAUAUACAGACUACUGACCACUGGCACUAUUGAGGAGAAGAUUUACCAGCGACAGAUCAGCAAGCAGGGCCUGAGUGGAGCCGUGAUGGAUGUCAAGGAGAAGAAAGACGUCCAGUUCUCACAUGACGAUCUCAAGGACCUGUUUACCCUGAAUGAAAUGACUGACUGUGAUACUCAUUCCCUGCUGAACUGUAAUUGCCAUGGCAACAAUGUGGAUGGAGACACCUCAGUCUCCAGUCGUACAGUUUCGAGAGUGUGUCAGCUUGGUGGAAUGUUGGCUGACACACAGAAGAAUUUGUCGAUGGAUGAGCUCUUGGACUGGCAUCAUCUGACUGGGCAGUCACCAGACAUCAGUCCGGCAUGGUGCAUCUCUAAUACAGAGCAUAUAUCUUUCAUCUUUUGGAAUGAAGUCAAAUCUUAAUUACAGUAAUUUAAAGCUAGUAUAACAAUUCUUUAAGUAAGGUUGUAAAACUUAAAGAACUUCACCAUUAUGAAAUUUAUUUAAAUGUAUGUACAUAUGUAAAUACUCAGUUUCAAACUGAUUAAAACAAAAUAU